GUUUUUGAAAAACAAACGUAUGGUUUGUUACGAAUUGUUUAAAUAUGUCGACUAAAAAGAAUGAAAUCGAAGAAGAAAAUGCAAGUUCUAGCUCUAAAGGAAGAAAAUCAAAAAACAACUUUAUCAUUACUAAAGAAGGAAACAGAAUAACAGCAACAAGAGACAAAGGUGAUAACAGUAUACAAGGACCUCGUAUGACAGAUUAUGAAUUGAUUGAAGUUCUGAGAGGAAACCGUGUGGACAACAAAAAAAAGGAGAAAGAGUCUGAAAAGAACCGUCAGUUGUUUGAAUAUUUAAACAUUGAUUCAAGCCAACAAAAAGAAAUAACUGCAGAUUGCAUUGAAACAGACAAAGAUGCAUCAUGUGAUUGGUUUAGCCAUUUGUCUUUAGAGGAACGAGGCAGAAGAUAUUUGUUUGUAAUUGGGGAUGGUGGGUGCGGAAAAACAUUUAAACUGCGAAAUCUACAACACCAGUUUGAGUUUGAAUCACGACCACCUUACAGAGGGGUUGAGGUUGUAUUAUGGUGCAGUUUCAGAGAAGUUACAGCCGUGUUUACUAUGAAGGAUCGUUUAGAUCUUGGAGAUUUCAUUUGUUUUCUUAAACCCGAUUACUACCGACUUCCUCGUAGACAACUGAUGAGGUUAAUUUUAUCAAAAGAGAAAAGUAUGUUGUUACUGAUGGAUGGCCUGGAAGAUUUCAAGUAUCCGCUGCAUAGUGACUUACCAAACUGCAAACCAGAAGAAAAAGUAACAAUUAAUGUUCUGUUGAAAACAAUUUUGUCUGGUAAACUAUUGAGAAGAUCCCGCAAGCUGAUUACUGGAAGAACAUCACAGAUAACAGUGCUUAAGGAAGAAAUGCGACCUGAUCGGACCAUUAUCUAUCAAUCUGUUAAAGGACCAAUACUUUACGAGCUUGUGGCAAGAUUAUCUGGCGAUUUUUCCGAGCAAGUGCUGGACAUUGUGGAAAAUGUUCCCAUGUUUAAUGAGAUUGCACGUUUGCCAACACUGUGCAUUUACAUGGUGCACAAUCUUAUUGAAUACAUUACAAGGAUGGAAGUAGCUGUUGUACCACAUAUAGUAAGGGAGCUUUACCCAGAAAAAAUGCUGCGACGAUUCCCCAUGUUUCAGGAUGAGGAGACAGAGGACGUUAUAGAACUGCGAAGAAAAGUUGAACUUGCUUUCCAACCCCAUCAAAUCGAUAAAAAUCAAAUGAAACUUUAACUCAAAUGUCAACAAAUUUUGUGUUAAUCCUAUAUUCUUCAAUUGUAUGGUAUUGUUUAAUCAUGUACAUAUCUCCAACUUGCACUUAACUUUUGUAUGAUCUUACCACUGUAAUUCAUGUGUUUCAAUUAAUGAGUGUGCUGUGUGUAGCGAAUUAAAUUUGAGUAGAUUUAUAUGUGAUUUUUAUUAGUAUGGAAAAAAAUUAUGCUGGAGAUAAA